AUGGCUGCCACUUCAGUCUCCAUGGCCCUCGAAGGGCUCCAGGUCUCCAAGACCAAAGAGUUGAAAGGCACUGAAAAACGUGACUCCCUCAUUGCAAUUGAGAAGCAAUACCAGGUAAAAUGGGAGCAGGAUGGUGUCUUUCAAUCUGACGCCCCCUCGAACGCCGAGAUCCCCCUUCACUCGAUAUCCGCUGCAGAACUCCGUUCCAAAUAUCCCAAGUUCUUUGGAACAAUGGCCUAUCCCUAUAUGAAUGGCACCCUCCACGUUGGCCACACGUUUUCCGUGAGCAAGAUAGAAUUCAACGCUGGCUUUGCGCGGAUGCAGGGCAAGCGCGUUCUCUUUCCCAUGGGCUUCCACUGUACCGGCAUGCCUAUCAAGGCGUGCGCAGACAAGCUGGUAAAUGAGAUAGCCUUAUUCGGCCGCGAUUUCCAAGGGUAUGAGGAUGACGAGCCCGUCGUGGAAGAAAUCCCAGCCGCGGAAACUCGACGAGAUGACACGACGAAAAUCGUAAGCAAGAAGGGUAAGGCUGCUUCAAAGGUGGUGAAGAUGAAGUAUCAGUUCCAAAUUAUGCAAUCACUCGGCAUACCGAUCCAGGAAAUCCAUCUCUUCGCCGACCCGCAGUACUGGCUCGAGUUCUUCCCCCCUUUGUGCCGCAGAGAUUUGACCAACUUUGGCUCUCGAAUCGAUUGGCGCAGAUCAAUGGUUACCACGGAUGCGAACCCGUACUACGACGCUUUUGUCCGAUGGCAGAUGAAUCGUCUGAAGGAUUUGAAGAAGAUCAAGUUCGGCAAGCGAUAUACCAUUUACUCCAUUAAGGAUGGACAACCAUGCAUGGACCAUGAUCGAUCAGAAGGGGAGGCUGUUGGACCGCAAGAAUACACUGCCCUUAAGUUGAAGGUUCUCGAGUGGGCCCCGAAGGCAGAAGAGACUCUCAAAGGGAAGAUACCAAGCGAUGGUACCGUGUUCAUGGUUCCAGCUACCUUGCGACCCGAGACGAUGUACGGUCAGACCUGUUGUUUUGUCGGACCUAAAAUCAAUUACGGCAUCUUCAAAGCCUCCGAGAAGGAUUAUUACCUGGUAACAGAUCGGGCUGCACGAAACAUGGCGUACCAAGGUGUAUUUGCAAAAGAGGGCGUCGCUGAGAAAGUGGCUGAAGUACAAGGCUCCGACCUUAUUGGAACGCUUGUUAACGCACCCCUCUCAGUUCACAAGGAUGGCGUCCGAGUUCUGCCCAUGGAGACAGUGGUUCCUACAAAGGGUACUGGUGUUGUAACAUCGGUUCCAUCAGACAGUCCGGAUGAUUUCGCGACUGUGGCAGACCUCGCCAAGAAGGCGGACUACUACGGCAUCAAAAAGGAAUGGGCCGAGUUGGAAAUAAUCUCGAUUAUUACUACGCCUUCAUACGGCGACCGCUGCGCCGAAUUCCUGGUGAAGAAGCUCAAAAUCUCGUCACCAAAGGAUACCAAACAACUUGAUGAAGCCAAAGAGCUCGCAUACAAGGAAGGAUUCUAUCAAGGUGUCAUGAAUGUUGGCGAAUUCAAGGGUGAGAAGGUGGAGGCUGCCAAACCCAAGGUCAGACAGCAACUUUUCGAUGCCGGGGAGGCAUUUGCAUACUCUGAGCCCGAGAGAAAAGUUGUCAGUAGAUCAGGUGACGACUGUAUUGUUGCUUUGAUGGACCAAUGGUACCUCGACUACGGCGAGGAGUCAUGGAAGAAAACGGCCCUCGAGUGGGUUGCAAACACCGACGGGAAGGGCAUGGAGACGUUCACCAACGAGACUAAAAAUGGGUUUGACGGUGUCCUCAACUGGCUCAACCAGUGGGCCUGCGCUAGAACGUAUGGUCUUGGCUCAAAACUCCCUUGGGAUCCUCAGUUCUUGGUAGAGAGUCUGAGCGACAGCACCAUUUACAUGUCGUACUAUACUGUUGCUCACAUUCUCCAGAAGGACGUAUUCGGACGGGAGAAGGGCACAGGCAACAUCGGCGCCGAGCAAAUGACUGACGAAGUCUGGGACUACAUUUUCUGUCGCAGAGACCUCAGCGAUGAGAUCUUGUCCGGCUCCAAGAUUCCCAAGGAGACACUCGAAACUAUGCGACGCGAGUUUGAAUACUGGUACCCCCUAGACCUCCGCGUUUCUGGCAAGGACUUGAUACCGAACCAUCUCACAUUCUUCCUGUACAUCCAUCUCGCCAUCUUUCCUCGCGAAUACUGGCCCAAGGGGAUCAGAGCCAAUGGCCAUUUGCUGUUAAAUGGCGAGAAGAUGUCCAAGUCCACUGGAAAUUUCAUGACCUUGAACGAGAUGACGAGGAAGUACGGCGCCGAUGCCUCGCGUAUUGCCCUUGCCGAUGCGGGCGAUGGUGUUUCCGACGCCAACUUUGACGAAGACGUCGCAGAUAACAACGUCCUCCGCUUGUACAACCUUCGUCUGUUUUGUGAGGAAAUCGCCAAAGAUCAGGAUCAGCUUCGCACUGGCGAACUCAACUCCUUCCAAGACGCCCUGUUCGACAACGAGAUGAAUCAACUCGUGAACGAAUCGAAGGGGCAUUUCGAGGCAACAAAUUACAAGCUUGCCCUCAAGGCAGGUCUGUACGAUUUCACCAAUGCUCGCGAUUUCUACCGCGAGGCUUGCAACGCAGCAGGCGUCAAGAUGCACCAGAAGCUCGCUCUUCGCUACGUCGAGCUCCAAUCACUCCUCCUUUGCGUCGUAGCACCGCAUUGGUCCGAGUACGUCUGGCUCGAGGUGCUCAAGAAGCCCGAAACGAUCCACAAUGCACGCUGGCCAAGCGUACCGCCAAAUGACGCUGCCCUAGCUGCAGCGCGUGAGUACGUGCGGAACACGGCUUCCAACAUCAACUCGGCCGAAGCCGCACAGCAGAAGAAGAAGGCCAAGGGGAAGGAUAUUGCAUUCGACCCCAAGAAGCCCAAGAAGCUGACUGUCUUCGUCACGGACCGCUUCCCCGCCUGGCAGGAGAAGUAUAUCGACCUGGUCCGGUCGGUUUGGGACCCGGCCAGCAAGUCGGUCAAGGAGGAGAAGGAGCUCAAUGUCAAGAUUGCCAAGAUGGGCGAAAUGAAGAAGGCCAUGCCCUUUGUACAGGGGCUCAAGCGACGUCUCCAGGUUGGAGAGCCUGCGGAGAAGGUGCUGGAAAGGAAGUUGGCGUUUGAUGAGAAAGUCAUCUUGAAGCAGAUGGUGCCGGGCUUGAAGAAGACAGCGGGGCUGAAGUUGGUGGAUUUGGUCCUGGUUGAGGAGGGUGGUAAGAAGGGGGCUAUCUUUGGUGGGGAUGGCGAGGGGGUCAAGGAGGGGUUGCCGCCGCAGGCAGAGAGUGCUGUGCCUGGGCAACCUUCUUUUGCUUUUGAGAAUGUGGAGUGA